GGGGCGGGUCCCCGCCCGACCCCUCUCGGGCGCGCCUUCUGUCCCUCUCGCCGCCCCGGUCCCCUCCAUCCUCCCGGGCUCCGCGCCUUCCCUGAGCUCCCAGCCUCUCUCCAGUCCGUCUGUCCGUCCGUCCUGGCGCGCAACCGCUGGGCACCGGCUUGGAUGGACACGCGGAGGCUGCCCGGGUGUCCAGGGGUCUUGCUUCCGAAGUUGGUCCUGCUCUUUGUCUGCGCAGUUGAUUGCCUUGCUCAGUGUGGCAAAGACUGUAGAUCGUACUGCUGUGAUGGAACCACACCCUACUGUUGCUCCUACUAUGCCUAUAUAGGGAAUAUCCUCUCGGGCACAGCGAUCGCUGGCAUCGUGUUUGGAAUCGUAUUCAUCAUGGGGGUCAUUGCCGGAAUCGCCAUAUGCAUCUGCAUGUGCAUGAAAAACAACCGCGGGACCCGGGUAGGCGUCAUCAGGGCCACCCAUAUCAACGCCAUCUCCUCCUAUCCUGUAGCACCGCCCCCCUACAGCUAUGACCAGGAGAUGGAAUACUGCGCAGAUUUACCUCCUCCCUACUCCCCAGCCCCACAGGCUUCCGCCCAGCGUUCACCGCCUCCUCCUUAUCCUGGAAAUUCAAGGAAAUAAUCCUUCUUCCAGAGCAGUGUGUGUACAAACCAGAGAUCUUGCCCAGAAUAAAAUUCCUCUAUUCAGAAGCGGAUAGCAAAGGAUUGCUCUAAGGAAUACUUGUUUCAAACUCAAGUGCAACAUCCAGGCUAAGAGAUAUGGGGUUUCAACUCUAUGCAGAGCUAACGGAAUACUUGUUUCGAACUCAAGUGCAACAUCCAGGCUAAGAGAUAUGGGGUUUCAACUCUAUGCAGAGCUAACACCCUCUGGUUUGACAGGAUCACAUUCAAAGAGAUCUACUGAUCAACAUAAGCACAGCCAAGGAAGAGUAAUGAGCUAGACACAGCUUCUUAAAAUCAUAUUGCCUAAUAAACAUAUGAAGGAAAGUGCAAUAUUGAUCCUGGGAAAGAAUAUUUAUGUACAGGAGAAUAGUGUGGACUACAUAAAGAAACAGCUAUAUUCUGUGUAGCUUUAAAAUUCAGAACUGGAACUAUUCUUUCAUUCAUCAGUAAAUACAGAUAAAUGCCUGAGAACCCAUUUCUGUGCCUUAUGCUGUUUUGAAGCUCUGGUUCAUGGUUAUAGGAAGGGAUCUUGUUUUCCAAUCAUUGAUCUUUCAUAUUGACAUUGCUUUGUCAAACUCCCUGUUACCAAGAUGACUAGCAGAACCUGGCUGAAUAUCUGGUGGGAGACACGUUCUAGAAGGAGCAGCUAAAUCAAAUGUAGAUGGGCUCUAGACGUUCUGCUCAUGUUUUAGGUAGAUGCAAGGUAAAUUUCUAUUCCUCCCAGAAGGAAAACAACAGGAGGAGGUGAGUCUUAUCUAUUUAAUUUGAGAGGUGAGCCAGGAUCAAUGAUUCUCAACAGCUACUUGAAGCCAUGAACUCUUCAAUGCUACUUGCUGUUACCUAAACUUAUUUGCCUUCAUUAUGACAAAGUUUAACUCAAAUGUCGGGAAAAGUUGUAGCAAGUUCCCUAGGCAAAAAAAAAAAAAAAAAUACUCAAACACUUCACCUUACAUUAAAAAAUGAGAAACCAAAUAUUCCCAGGGCACUUUAUAUCAGGGAGCAAAAUCUCAGAACUUGACCAUGAAGAUACAAAAAGAGGGCAAAGCAAAUUUCAGAUUCCCUUCCAUGCAAUUCCCAUUCCCAUGUUCCUUAGACAAAGUUCUGUUUCUCUUUUGUAAUAUUUUUGAUAAUCUAUUCCCUUGAAAAAGCUGUACAGUUCAUGGGAAGUUUAAGAUAGUGAAAUCAAACAUUUGCCUUAGCCAAAACCCAAAUUUCAUGAAGUGCCUGCCUUUAGGUGGAAAAGUUUUUAAUAAAAAUUCUAAUAUGCCAUAUUUUGCUACAAGCAACCAGAACAUCUGUAUUUUUAUGUGCAUUCUUUCAUGCAUUUAAGAUUGUAUAAUGAGCAAAUGUUGGGAAUCAAUGAUCAAAUAUUUUGGCACUUGGCAAUUAAAACUCAUCAGUAGCAUAAUUUGAUGAAAUACCACAAUAAUGCUUAAAAUUUUGCUGGAUAAAACAAUCAUAUGUCCCAAGUUAUAAAUUAUAUUCCCUAUACUCGCAGUUAAGAAACUAAGCACUCAAUAAAGUAGCAUAUUUUAUUUUCAAAAAUAGUGAUCCAAAUGAAAUAUGAUCUAACGCUACCAGUGAGCUUGAAAAACUAAAUUUGUUUUGAAUGAUUUGCUUGAUUUGGGGGCACCAGUGAUUUUCUUAUGAAAACACAAAGCGCUCAUGAGUUCCAACCUAUUCUAGUAACUGACUUUAGCACCAUUUUAAGAGUACACAUGCUUUAAUUUAUCUCUCUUCUGCAAGUGUAAUCAGACCCAAUUACAUUGCAGCUCUGUGACCCAAAGUGCUAGGUUCUCCAGCUUCCAGAAUGUUGGUUGCAAAUGCAUCAUAAAUUCUGUAUGAAAAAAAUAGAGGAACUUUGAAAGAAAAAAUGGAAAGGAUGGAAAUUGAAUUCUCAUCAUCUUCAUGUCAAUAAACAUUUACUGUAUACCUUCUAUGUUCUGCAAACACUACCCGCAUCAGAGCCAUUUCAGUCCACGCCAUCUCUCUGAGUUACUUUAUGAUCUCCCUUAAGGCGUAUCACAAACCCAUAGGCCUACAGUAGAAGGGUCUUUUUCCAUUUGUAUUUAGUGUCACAAUAGCAUAAAUGUGCACAUUAUCAGUAUAGAUUUUUGGAGUUCACUGAUUAUUUUCAUAAAUGAUACAUCUUCAGGGGAAAUGGUAUAUGGUGUGGAAGCUUUGAAUUAUGGUUAUUUAAAAACUAAUGUAUUUGCUGCAGCCAAAGUGUUUACAAUAAGCAAUAAAAUGGAAGAACCCAUUAUAAGGAGAGUUGUAUUUUAAUUGUCUUGUGUCCAUUUUGUUUCACCCUCCACUGCAGCUGGGUUAGUCUUGUUCUUCUGUGAAAGAAACACAGGACUGGAGCCAGAUACAUUUGACUUUGAAGGCUAUUUCCUGCCACGAGGCAGGUCACUUCAUCUCUCUAAAAUUCAGCUCUCUCCUCUGGGAAAUGUAAAUAAUAUCAUUGGCUUUCUCAGACUUUGUGAAUAUUCAAUAAAUGCACGU